GGCGGUGUUCUGUUUACUUUUUUUACUUAAGACCCGUGUCCGUUGUGAUUUAUUUAUCAUGUGUGCGCCAUUUUUUUAGUGUUUGGUUUUUCGAUUUUAUUGUGCGAUUUACAAUAAUUUAAGAUGGUGAAGUUAACAGCGGAGAUUAUUCAGCAAUCAAUGCAGUACAUAAAUCCUGUAAGAGACAGGGAGUUAGAUUUGCGAGGAUACAAAAUUCCAGUUAUUGAGAAUAUGGGAGCAACUUUGGACCAGUUUGAUACCAUUGACCUGUCGGAUAAUGACAUCCGUAAGCUUGAUGGAUUCCCACUUUUGAAGAGGUUGAAGUGCCUCUUCUUGAACAACAACAGGAUUGUGCGCCUGGCCGAGGGCCUGGAGGCGUGCCUGCCCGCCCUGGAGUGCCUGGUGCUGACUGGUAACCUGAUCCACGAGCUGGGCGACCUGGACCCGCUGGUGCCCCUCAAGAACCUGCACACGCUCAGCCUGCUGCAGAACCCCGUCACCGCCAAGCCCCACUACCGCCUGUACGUCGCCCACCGCUUGCCCCAGGUCUGCCUCCUCGACUUCCGCAAGAUCAAGAUGAAGGAACGAGAGGAGGCCAGUGCAUUGUUCAAAAGCAAAAAGGGCAAGGAACUUCAAAGGGAAAUCGCUAAGAAAGCAAAGACGUUUGUACCCGGGGGUAACCUUCCAGAUGGAGCCAAGCCGUCAGGUCCGACGCCCGAGGAACUCUGGAAGAUCCGGGAGGCCAUCUCCAAGGCCAGCUCCUUGGAGGAGGUGGAGCGCCUCAACAGGAUCCUGCAAGCGGGGCAGAUUCCCGGGAGGAGCCGCCCCCCGUGGGAGCAGCCGCCAGCUCCGGCGGUGCAGCAGGCGCCUGAAGAAGAGGAGGAGGAGUCCAUGGAGACUGCGCCCCCCGCCAACGGCACGGCCUGAGCGCGCUAGACUCCGACCGCCAGGCGCCUGCGGUGUCGGUACCCCUGCGUACUGUUGGUGUGCCACAGUGUGUGUGUGUGUGGCGGUGAGUAGGUCCCGGUCCUGUGUGUGCAAGAACGUCGUGCGUUGUUGCUAAGAACACUUACUCCACGUGUGAUCUGCUUGCAUUUUAAAUAUAUGCUAAUGCAAGUUUUCUGUA